AUGCAUGUAAGGAAGUUAGGAGGUUGUUGUCACAUUGUCAAACGAGCUUUUUCAUGUCACACUGACGCGGAUGUCAUCGUAAUCGGAGGUGGUCAUGCAGGAUGUGAAAGUGCUGCGGCUUCUGCUAGGAGUGGAGCGAAAACUAUGCUAAUAACGCAUGAUAUGACAAAAAUUGGCGAAAUGAGCUGCAAUCCAAGUUUCGGAGGAAUUGGCAAGGGCCAUUUAAUUCGUGAAAUUGAUGCGUUAGAUGGUUUAUGCGCAAAAGUUUGCGAUCAAUCAGCAAUUACAUAUCAAGCAUUGAAUAGAGCUCAGGGACCCGCCGUUUUAGGUCUGCGGGCACAAAUUGAUCGAAAAUUAUACCGAAGUAAUAUGCAAAAGGCUAUGAACACAUGUAAGAAUCUCGAUAUUGUCGAGGGAGAAGUUGUCGAAUUAACAGUUAAAGAAUUGAAAGGAAAUCUGGAAAUCGUUGGUGUGAAAAUGGGAGAUGGAAAAACUAUAUCAACAAAAUGCGUCAUAAUUACUACUGGAACAUUUUUGAGAGGAGAAAUUUAUCAAGGUCUUAAAACAUGGCCAGCCGGACGAAUUGGAGAAAAAAGCUCAAAUGAACUUUCAAAAAGCUUUUUAUCCCUUGGAUUUAGUCUCGGAAGGCUUCGAACAGGAACUCCGCCGAGACUUGUAAUGGAAACUAUAGACUUUUCCAAGUUUCAAGCUCUUCCACCUGAUUCGAAACCUAUUCCAUUUUCAUUUCUAACAAAGAGCAUUUGGUUGCCAGUGGAGAAACAGCUUCCAACCUACCUCGGAUAUACAAAUGAUGAACUUUGUCGAAUUGGACUUGCUAACAUGAAAGAAAAUUUGCAAGUAGCAAGUGAAACAGUCAGCCCUCGAUACUGCCCGUCUCUUGAAUUGAAGCUCAUUCGAUUUCCCAAACUUCAUCACAGGCUAUUUCUUGAACAUGAGGGCCUCGAUUCUAAUCAUAUUUAUCCCCAAGGAAUGUCGAUGACAUUUCAUCCUGAUGUGCAAAAGCGAAUGUUGCGAACAAUUCCGGGUUUAGAAAACGUAGAGUUCUUUCAGCCUGGAUAUGGCGUACAGUACGAUUAUGUCGAUCCUAGACAGUUGAAUAAAACUCUCGAAACGAAAAAGGUAAGGGGAAUGUUCCUUGCGGGACAAAUUAAUGGAACAACCGGGUACGAGGAAGCUGCAGCUCAAGGUGUGAUAGCUGGAAUUAAUGCGGCCGCUCGUUCACAAAAUGAAAACGGAAUGACAAUUUGCAGAACUCAAGGAUAUAUUGGAGUUUUAAUAGAUGAUUUAACGAGUCUUGGUACUAAUGAGCCGUAUAGAAUGUUGACAUCACGAGCAGAGUGCCGUCUUCAUUUGCGACCCGACAAUGCGGAUAUGCGUUUAACCGAAAUGGGACGGCGAUUUAAUGCAGUUGGUAAUGAACGAUGGCAACAAUUUUGCAAUGUUAAAAGGGAUCUCGAAAUUAUGAGAGAAGAAGCUCGAAAUAUUUCGAUGAGUUUGGCAAAAUGGAAGAGAAUUCUUCCAAAAUUGAAAACGAAAAAUGAUGCGAAAGUUUUGUCUGCUUUUGAAAUGAUUCAUCGAUUUGAUUUGACAUUUGAAGAUUUUAAUUCGGUCAUAGAACAAAAAUUUUCUGAUAAUCAAUCUGAAACAUUCGAAAGGCUUAAAAUCGAAGGAAUGUAUCGAUUGGAAAAUGAGCGAAUGAGAGCGAAGGCAAAUGAAAUUGAAAAGGAAUCGGCCACCCAAAUCCCUGAUGAUAUUGAUUAUUCAGAAAUGAAGGGAUUGAAUUUAGAAAGUAUUGAAAAAUUAGAACGAGCUAGACCACGAAACUUAGCAGCCGCAACGAGAAUUUCUGGAAUUACUCCAGAGGCGAUUGUUGUUCUUCUUCGACAUUUGAAAUCUCCAAAGAUGGCUAGAAUAGGAUAA